AUGAAGCAUCUUCAACAGGAGCUUUCAUCCCAAUCUACUCCACACUCAAAGGAUAAAUUGGCAUCAGUAUCAUAUGAUUAUGAUAAUCGUACAAUUGGCUAUGAAACUUAUGCGCAGGCUAAAGCGACCAUAGCAAAAAAUACUAUACCUAGUGCUCCAAAUUUCGAGCUAUUUUGUGUUUCACCUGCCAAGCAAGAAAUGUUUUCACCAACUUCUUAUCGAUCCUUAAAUUGCAAAAGCAAUACAAGCGAAAUAUUUAUCUCGUCUCUGUAUGCAAAACAAAAUAACUUACUACCAUCCAUAAACCAUCUUAAUCAGCCAAAAGGAAGUGUUGCGAUCUUGGGCGAUACAUUUUUUUCUCGCAUGAUCUGA